CAAACAUAUGGCUGUCAUUGGCUCUAAAUUGCUGAGGUCUUUUAAGAGGACAAAGCCAUAGAUGGUAGGCCGCAACACAUUCUGGAACUCAGCUUUUUACUAAAAAGAACACUUGUAACAUUCAUAAGCCCUAUAUAAAUUUGGCAAAGAUGGAUGUUAAAAGGACGAUAAGAACUUUGAAGCAUACAUGCAAUGAAACGAGUUAAUUACCUCAUCGUUGCUCUAUCACUCUACGUAAUUUUGCUGUUGUUUCUUAGCAAACCAUGCAUUGCUUUGGAGGUUAAGAUUCCUAAUUCUUUUCCUGCAAUUCUCAUUUUCGGUGAUUCUACUGUAGAUACGGGGAAUAACAACUUCAUUCCCACCGUUUCCAAAGGCAAUUACUUUCCAUAUGGUAAAGAUUUUCCUGGCCAUGUUGCUACGGGAAGGUUUAGUAAUGGAAAACUCAUGCCUGACAUGAUUGCCUCUAAAUUGGAAAUAAAGGAGCUUGUUCCUCCAUUUUUAGAUCCUAAAUUAUCCAACGAUGAUAUCAAAACAGGAGUCAGUUUUGCAUCUGCUGGCACAGGCUUCGACAAUCUAACAACCGCUAUUUCUAAAGUAAUUCCAAUGAAGAAGCAAAUUGAUUUUUUCAAGAAUUAUACUCAAAGGCUUGAAGGGAUAGUAGGCAUGGAUGAAAGUAAAAGAAUUGUUGGCAAUGCUUUGGUGGUCAUUAGUGCAGGAACCAAUGACCUAACCUUCAACUUCUACGACAUUCCCAUCAGACGGCUGCAGUACAAUAUUAGUGGUUAUCAAGAUUUUAUACAAAGCAAACUACAAAACUUGAUCGAGGAAAUUUACCAUCUUGGAUGUCGUAAUAUUGUGGUCGCUGGACUCCCUCCAAUUGGUUGUCUUCCCAUUCAACAGACCCUAUCAUUUAAAGAUCCUCAAAAUCGAAAAUGUGUAGAAGAUCAAAAUUCAGAUUCAGAAGCCUAUAAUCAAAAGCUUUCGGAAUUGUUGAAAAAUUUAGAGGCUCAACUCCCCGAAAGCACAAUUUUGCAUGUUGACAUUUACACCCCACUCAUGGACAUGAUCAAUAAUCCUGACAAAUAUGGUAAACCUGUUUUGAGCAGACAAACAAAGGUUGUUGUGGAACUGGAUUGGCUGAAGCAGGGCCUCUAUGUAAUGCAUUAA